CUAACUCCACAAGCAUUCUGUUCUUGUUGCGUCAUAUAUUUACUACUUCUCUUGUUCUUCACAUCUGAAUCAUUUUCUCCUUAUAAAUCCAAACCAAUCUCUGUCUCGGUAUAGAUUUACCCCCCCCCCCUCCUCCCUCUUUCUGGGUGUGUCUCUAUAUAUAGGCGCAUUACCUGUCAUCAUUAUUAAUUAACCAAAUCGAUUUCUGCAUCAAAAGAUCGGCAAUACAGGAUGCUACCGAGAGGAGUCCGCAUUGCCUUUCUCAUAGUAGUGCUAGUAGCUUUUGAGAUUCAGACAUCCUUGUCACAGAUUAAUAGGGCGAGUUUUCCAAAGGGUUUUGUCUUUGGGACAGCCUCUUCUGCUUUCCAGUAUGAAGGAGCAGUGAAAGCGGAUGGAAGGGGACCAAGUGUUUGGGACGAAUUUUCACAUACUUUUGGCAAGAUACUUGAUUUCAGCAAUGCUGAUGUGGCCGUGGAUCAAUAUCACCUUUUUGAUGAAGACAUAAAACUUAUGAAGGAUAUGGGAAUGGACGCCUACAGAUUUUCAAUUUCUUGGUCUCGAAUAUAUCCUAAUGGAACAGAGAAAAUCAAUCAGGCAGGAGUUGAUCAUUACAACAAAUUCAUCAACGCUUUACUUGCUCAAGGAAUUGAGCCUUAUGUGACCCUAUACCAUUGGGACCUUCCUCAAGCCUUGCAUGACAGAUAUAAUGGAUGGCUCAGCCCCCAGAUCAUAAAGGACUUUGCAACAUUCGCAGAGACAUGCUUUGAGAUUUAUGGUGACAGGGUAAAGCAUUGGAUCACAUUCAAUGAGCCUCAUACAGUUGCUAUUCAGGGUUAUGAUGUAGGUCUCCAGGCACCAGGAAGAUGCUCUAUCUUUCUCCACCUCUUCUGCCGGGCUGGAAAUUCAGCGACUGAGCCCUACAUUGUCGCCCACAACAUCCUUCUUUCUCAUGGGACUGUGGCAGAUAUUUACAGGAAAAAGUACAAGGCAAAACAACGAGGAUCCCUGGGCAUAUCACUUGAUGUAAUAUGGUUUGAACCAGCAACAAACACCACAAAUGACAUUGAAGCAGCCCAAAGAGCCCAGGAUUUUCAGCUUGGCUGGUUUAUCGAACCUUUGAUCUUAGGCAACUAUCCGAUCACAAUGAGAAACAGAGUAGGGGAUAGACUGCCAAAUUUUACUGAAAAUGACGUCGCUCUUGUUAAAGGGUCUUUUGAUUUUGUUGGCAUCAAUCACUACACAACAUUUUAUGCACGAAGCAAUGACUCUCUGUUUGGGGAUCUAAUUGGCAAAGUCCUUAAUGACUCUCUCGCAGACUCUGGUGCCAUAACCCUCCCAUUUGGUGAACAUUUGAAGCCCAUUGGAGACCGGGCAAGUUCUAUAUGGUUGUACAUAGUACCUCGAGGGAUGAGAAGCUUAAUGAAUUACAUCAGGCAAAAGUACGGAAACCCUCCCGUCAUUAUAACUGAAAAUGGGAUGGAUGAUCCGAAUAACGCCUGGACCCCCAUUAAAGAUGCUCUAAAGGAUGAGAAAAGGAUCAAAUACCACAAGGACUAUCUGGCAAGCCUGCUAGCUUCUAUCAAAGAAGAUGGUUGCAAUGUGAAAGGGUAUUUUGUAUGGUCCCUUUUGGAUAAUUGGGAGUGGGCAGCUGGUUACACUUCAAGGUUCGGUCUCUACUUUGUGGAUUACAAGGACAAGCUCAAGAGAUACCCCAAGGACUCUGUUCAAUGGUUCAAAAAGUUCUUGACUUCUACUUAGAGUGGGGGAGCUGAAGUAAAUGAAGAUUUGCAUAGGCAAACACACACACACACGCCCACUUUUAAAAUUACAUGUCCUGAUUUUCUUUAAGCACUGUGUUGUAACAUGAUAUGAUAUAAGAAAUUUCAAUUUAAGUAAAGUUUCUUUGUCCAA